AUGAGUGUAAUGGAUACUGUUCACGAUCUGCUCUGGGAUAGUGGAGAUAAGUACCAGUCGGACCUCGUCCUCUGUAUAUUAAACUUUCAGAAUACUAAUCGUUACUCAGCUGCGUUUUUAAGGGUACGAAUACACGGCAUAUCGGUAGAAGGAAAAAAUCAUGCCUGUGGAGUGGACGGGUUAUGUGACUGCGGAAGAGGUGCUGUAUCUGUCACAGGACAAGAUACGCUACACCAGACUGACGCCCAACUUCCAGUAAUAAAGAGGCACGUAGAAAAUAAGAUAUCGCAGAAAUUCUAUUGGUACAAUAGGGUUUAUUGCCCUGCCCCGCGUUGA